UGCGUUGGGUUUGCCCGGCUCAGCGCCCAGCCAGCUGGCAGGGAGCAGGACAGAGGUCACUUGAACUCAGACCAUGUGUCCCUGUUAAAUACAUCAGCUUUUAAAUCAAUCUCCGUCCAAAGUCCAGCGAGCUCCGCGGCAGCAGCUCUGCAGCAGAGGGAUUCCCAGCGGGCCAGCCGCAGGCGCUUCCUCCCAGGCCCAGAAAUGGCCUCCGGCUUCAGCCCCCGAGAGUGCGCGCUGUCUAAGCAGGACGGGCAGAGCUACGGCUUCUUCCUGCGCAUCGAGAAGGACACGGCCGGCCACCUGGUGCGGGUGGUGGAGCCGGGCAGCCCCGCGGAGCGGGCGGGGCUGCGGGACGGGGACCGAGUUCUGCGCAUCAACGGCGACUUCGUGGACGGCGAGGAGCAUAAGCAGGUGGUGGAUCUGGUCCGGAACAGCGGGAAUUCGGUGACUUUCCUGGUUCUGGAUGGGGAUUCCUACGAGAAGGCCGUGGAGGAAAAGGUGGACCUGAGAGAGCUGGGCCAGCGUCCGAAGGGGCCGAGCCUGAACGAUAAGAAGCUGCCCCCUGUGAUGAACGGAGGCGCCCAGGCCCGGGCCCCGCCGAGGCUCUGCUACCUGGCGAGGGAGGGGGGCAGCUUCGGCUUCUCUUUGAAGACAGUCCAAGGAACGAAGGGGGUGUACAUGACCGACAUCGCGCCGCGGGGUGUGGCCAUGAGGGCGGGAGUCCUGCCGGACGACCGCCUAAUCGAGGUGAACGGGGAGAACGUGGAGGAGGCCACCCACGAGGAGGUGGUGGAGAAGGUGAGGAAGUCGGGAAGCCGUGUCGCGUUCCUGCUGGUGGACAAGGACACAGACCGGCACCACAAGGAGCAGAGCAUCCCCGUCCAGAGAGAGGCAGCCUGCUUCCAAUCACUGCCCCGCCAGCCCCGGCUGGUAGAGAUGAGGAAGGGCAGCAAUGGCUACGGCUUCUACCUGCGGGCGGGCCCGGAGCAGAGAGGUCAAUUCAUCAAAGACAUAGAUUCUGGAAGUCCGGCAGAGGCGGCUGGCUUGAAGGCCAAUGACCUGGUCAUUGCUGUCAACGGCGAGUCCGUGGAAUCCCUCGGUCAUGACAGUGUGGUGGAAAUGAUCAGGAAGAGUGGAGACCAGACUUCGCUGCUGGUGGUAGACAAAGAGACGGAUAGCAUAUACAGACUGGCUCAUUUUUCUCCAUUUCUCUACUAUCAAAAUCAACACCUGCCUAACGGUUCUGUCAUGGAGGCCCCGGUUCCUGCGCCUGCGGCCAGCUCCAGGCCAGACCAUAAGCCUAGACUGUGCAGGCUGGUGAAAGGUGACGACGGCUAUGGCUUCCACUUAAAUGCAAUUCGGGGGCGGCCAGGCCCGUAUGUCAAAGAGGUGCAGGAGGGCAGCCCUGCCCAGCUGGCGGGGCUGGAGGACGAGGACGUCAUCGUUGAGGUGAACGGGGUCAAUGUGCUGGACGAACUCUACGAGAAGGUGGUGGACAGAAUCCAGAGCAGCGGGAACAGUGUCACACUCCUAGUCUGCGGGAAGAAGGCCUAUGAGCACUUCCAGGCGAAGAAGAUCCCCGUUGUUUCCUCCAUGGCCGACCCACUGGAUGUGCCUCUCGAUCCCAAAGAGGAAGCACAGGCAGAGUCAGAGGUUGACUCACACGUGGCGAAAGAACGAGCCCUCAGCACAGCCUCGCAGUCCUCCACCACCUCUGAGGACACCAGGAUGUGAGGAGAGCCGUGGCUGCGGCAUUUAACGGGAGCCCUUUCCAAGGAAUGAGCGGCUGGACCUGCUGUCUCUGGUGACGAACCCUCUGGACACUGGCCAGUCACGUGCACUGCUUCCUGCUGUCACUUGUCCCGGGUGGCCACUGCGGAUGCUCAUUUGUGGCCACCUCCGGAGAAGCUGAGGCGGGACCAGGUUCUUCUCCUGUGCUCUUUCAAGCUGCAACUUAACUAUCCUUCUCUGCAGGAUGAUCUCUCUCACGUCUAUGGGCUCCUGGAGGCCAAAGGUGAUUCAUUAAUCUGUACAUGUGAAGCUGCUAAUUAAAGGACUUAAGCUUGCCUAUUAAAAUUAUGCUUUUUAAAGAAUGUGUGGUUACUAAAAUAAAUGCCAUUAAAAAUG